CUCAGUCGCCGCCUCCUCACCCUCCUCCGCCCAGCUCUCAAAGUUUCCUCCUUUACAAACCCCCAAGUCCGACUCCUCCGACUUCUCCGGCCGCCGAUCCACCCGGUUCGUCUCCAAGAUGCAUUUCGGCAGACCCAAAACCACCACCUCCUCCUCCCGCCACAGCUCCGCCGCCGAAGAGGCCCUCCAGAGCGCGAUAACAUUCUCCGGAGAGGACGACGAGACGUUCCAAUCUCUCAUCUCGAGCUUCGAACCCAAGCUCCGCGGCUCCGACGACUACACUUUCAUCCUCCGCGAGCUCGGGAACAGAGGCGAGUGCGAUAAAGCCGUUACCUUCUACGAGUUCGCCGUCCUCAGAGAGAGGAGGAAGAUCGAGCAAGGUAAGUUAGCGAGCGCUAUGAUAGGUACUCUCGGCAGGUUAGGCAAAGUCUCCAUCGCUAAAAGAGUCUUCGAAAAGGCCUUAUCAGGCGGGUACGGGAACACCGUCUACGCCUUCUCCGCAAUCAUCAGUGCCUUCGGGAGAAGCGGGCUCCACGAGGAAGCAAUCUCUGUCUUUACCUCCAUGAAAAGCUACAACUUGAGGCCCAACCUCGUCACCUAUAACGCAGUCAUCGACGCGUGCGGCAAAGGAGGGAUGGAGUUUAAACAAGUGGCAGAGUUCUUCGACGAGAUGCAGAGGAACAACGUGCAGCCCGAUAGGAUCACCUUCAACUCCCUCCUCGCUGUUUGCAGCAGAGGAGGGCUGUGGGAGGCCGCCAGGAACCUCUUCGACGAGAUGUCCAAGCGAGGGAUCGAGCAGGACGUGUUCACUUACAACACGCUUUUGGAUGCUAUCUGCAAAGGCGGGAAGAUGGAUAUGGCCUUCGAGAUACUCUCCCAGAUGCCUUCCAAGAGAAUCAUGCCUAAUGUGGUAAGCUACAGCGCCGUCAUCGACGGGUUCGCGAAGGCCGGGCGGUUCGAUGAAGCUCUCGGCCUGUUCGACGAGAUGAAGUACCUCGGCAUUGCGCUGGAUAGAGUCUCUUACAACACGCUGCUUUCGAUAUACACUAAGCUCGGGAGGUCUAAAGAAGCGUUGGAUGUGUUGAGAGAGAUGGCUUCCGUGGGGAUCAAGAAGGAUGUGGUGACUUACAACGCCCUUCUCGGAGGCUACGGGAAGCAGAGAAACUACCUCGAAGUGAAGAACGUUUUCGCUGAGAUGAAGCGUGAGCGCGUGACGCCGAAUCUGCUGACUUACUCCACGUUGAUCGAUGUCUACUCGAAAGGAGGGUUGUACAAGGAGGCGAUGGAGAUAUUUAAGGAGUUCAAAGGCGCGGGGUUGAGAGCUGAUGUUGUUUUGUAUAGUGCGUUGAUCGAUGCGUUGUGCAAGAAUGGGUUGGUAGGUUCUGCUGUUUCUUUGAUCGAUGAGAUGACUAAGGAAGGGGUUAGUCCUAAUGUUGUGACUUACAAUUCUAUAAUCGAUGCUUUUGGUCGGUCUGCGACUGUGGAGUGCUUGGCUGAGUCUGGAGAUGGUGGAGUUGGAUCGUCUUCUUUGCUGCCUUCUUGUUCUCUAAGUAAAUUGGCUGAAACAGAGGAGAAUCAGGUGAUGCAGAUAUUUGGGAAGUUAACGAUAGAGAGUAGUAACAGAGGGAAGAAAGAUUGUAAGGAGGGUAUGCAUGAGCUCUCCUCUAUAUUGGAAGUUAUCCGCAAGAUGCAUCAGCUGGAAAUAAAACCGAAUGUUGUAACCUUCUCUGCCAUUCUUAAUGCUUGCAGUCGGUGCAACUCAUUUGAAGAUGCGUCGGUGCUGCUAGAGGAGCUCAGGCUGUUUGAUAAUCAGGUGUAUGGUGUUGUUCAUGGGCUUCUCAAGGGACACAGAGAGAAUGUGUGGCUCCAGGCUCAGAGCUUAUUCGACAAAGUAAAUGAAAUGGAUGGUUCGACUGCUGCUGCCUUCUACAAUGCUCUUACCGACAUGCUCUGGCACUUUGGUCAGAAACGAGGAGCGCAACUGGUGGCGCUUGAGGGAAGAUCUAGACAAGUUUGGGAGAACGUGUGGUCUGAGUCUUGCUUGGACUUGCACCUUAUGUCUUCUGGUGCUGCACGUGCUAUGGUCCAUGCUUGGUUGCUAAACAUACGCUCCAUUGUCUAUGAAGGUCAUGAGUUGCCUAAACUUUUGAGCAUAUUGACUGGUUGGGGGAAACACAGCAAAGUGGUCGGAGAUGCAGCACUAAGGCCAGCGGUUGAAGCGCUUUUGAGGGGAAUUGACGCACCGUUCUACCUCUCAAAAUGCAACAUGGGACGGUUCACAUCAAGCGGUUCGGUGGUAGCAACUUGGCUGCGCGAAUCAGCCACGCUCAAGCUCUUGAUCGUCCAUGACCACGUAACCACCAAAGCCAGCACAACAAGGGGACCAGCAGAACAACAUGAACAAACCUCUCUCACUUUGCAGCCUCUCCUUUUGUAGUUGUACUAUGUUAUGUAAGCAAAUUUAUGACCGCCAAGUAUGUGUUGUAACUUGUAACAAUGGCGGUGUUUUCUGCGGUGUGAUAAUAUUUUGUAACAAAGCAACACAUUGUAUUUUGAGCAAAAAAAAUGUUUUAUCAUCUAGAUGAA